AUGAGGGCUGAAACCGAUAAAAUCCUUACUCUGUCAGAUGGAGACAAGACUGCAGAGCUUCAGAAAUACUUGUCCUCCCUCUCUGAUGACCAGGUAUAUAUAUAUCUAACCACCAUACUACUUUAGAUGUACAGCUAAACUUGACAAACGUGAAACUUUACAGUAUUUAAGAAGUAAUCUAUAAACUGUUAUCUGUUUCUAGUUGAUCACCGUGAUCUCUAAUGGUGCAUUAAAGGGCAAGAAGGUCGGUUCAAUGAUUAAAGGCAUAUUCAAAGGUAAGUCCACAUGACCGUCAUUGAUUUUAAUGUCACACGUGAUAUUAAGUGCAGAAAAAAUAAAAUUUGUGUUCUUAUGUCAGGCUCACCUUCCAAUUCCUCUGAGGGAUCAAACCGCAGACUCCUUGUCUAUCAACACUGCAUCCCUUUAUGUGAGUCUGGAGAUCUUCAGACUGAGGUGGCAGCUGAUAUCAUUGGCCUGCUGAUGCUAGAGGUACAGAAAAAAACCCUCACAAUGAAGCUUUUCUGGUUAAUUUAAUCAUACAGUUGCUGCAAAUAAAAUUUUGGGAACCACUUUUCUCCUUAAAUGCUACACACAGGCUCAUACUCUCCCUGGACCAUGUCUUGCACAAGUGGCAUCUCUUUUUGUUGAAGCCAUAAAGGUGGGGAAAAUGGGCAAUGGAAAAUCCCUGGAGCUGUUUCCUACUGUGCUUACUGCACUUUCAGCGUGCGAGGCAUUGUCUUAUGGCAAAGGUCUGUGCACACUCCUAGCCUUAUUUAUUUUAAUUGUUUAUGUGAUAUUAGGAGUUCUGAUAUCUUUGAGAUGAAAAUGUUGUACAUGAUGGCACGUCUCUGAUCUCUCUCUUGUUUGAUCAUUACAUCUCAACUUAAGGUGAACUUAAUGGUGAGGAGUACAAGAAACAGCUGAUCAAUAGCCUCUGCUCCAGCAGGUCAGGAGAUCUCUGAUUUUAAACUUUGGGUGCUAUUUCACUUGUGAUUUGAAGUUAGUUUUACCUGUUUGUUUUACAAGAACAAAUCAUAACAAAUGACAGCUUAUCUUCUGUGAUCACUUCGAUAAUAUAUCCUUUUUCUUAAUGUAGAUGGGACCCAAAGUGUGUCAUCCACCUGACGACUAUGUUCAGGUAAGAGCUGAUUUUAAUUGGAAGUCUUUACUGUCCCCUAAGGAGGUUAAAUCACACAUUUAUACAAUUCUCACAUCACAGAAAGAAAGCACACAGCAGACACAAUACAAAUAAAUACAUGUAAACACACAGACUCAGUACAAUUUCAUGGGUGUGUUGUUCCCAUCAAGCUCACCUACAGCUUAUUUAAAAAACAAAUGGCUGUUGCGACAAAGGAUAUAAGGUACCUGUUUGAUUUGGCAUGUAAGUGAAAGUUAUGGGAGAGGCUGAAACUCAGCAUGAAGAGGAUGGAGAGGGUUUGCCAGAAUGGCCUGAGUGACUCGGGAUGUAAAAACAGAGUCAAGAUCAUCAAGACUCGAGCUAAUAGUUUUUUGGCAAAGUUUGACAAUGUUCCUCAAGUUAUUUUUAUUUGGAACGGUGAGGUUACCAAAAAACAUAUCAUAGAAAAGGUUAAAAUUAACUUAAUAGAAAAAGAGUAAAAUGUUUUAAGAAGCUGUUUGUCAACAUUAAAACACCUCAGUUUCCUCAGAUAGAAUAAAAUCUGAUUUGCCUUUUGACAGAUGGCAUCUUAGUUGGUCUUAAAGGACAGUUUGUCAUCCAGGAUGGUAUCUAGGUAUUUGUACUGACUGACUAUUCCUACAGCUUUACCAUUAACAAAGUUUUGGGCUGUGACAGAUGGAUUCUUAUGGAAAACAAAAAUCAUGUCUUUCGUUUUUGACACAUUAAGUUGCAGAUAAGAAUCGUCUCACCAUCUAACAACAAACAAUAAUAGUCAAGCACAGGACCAUGUCCAUCCUCAUGGUCUUGCAGAAGGCUCAUGAACAUGGAAUCAUCUGCAGAUUUCAUGAUGAACCUUUGGAGCAAAGCAGGGUCUCCGACAGAGUUUCAUUGACAUGAGUUCUUUGCGGUCUUGUUGUUAGAAAAUCAACUAGCCAGCAUAUAAGCUAUCCAGUUUAAAACCAUCACAUUCUUACAUGCAGUUCAAUAGUAUGAUACUGAUAUUUUACCUCAAUAUUUAUUUGCCCUUCAUGCGUCCUCUUAAAGCAUUAGCCUUAAAUGUUGCUCAUCUGUUUUUUUGUUUUGUUUUGUCUGACUCUUUAAAGAGAUGUACCCUUGUCGUCAGAGGAGCUGCAGUUUGUGGUUGAGAAAGUGUUGAGGGUGUUUAACAAACUGGAUCUGCAGGAGAUCCCACCGCUGGUUUACCAGCUGCUACUUUUAUCUGCAAAGGUACUUGUGUGAAUGUUUGACAGACUGAUUUCAUUUUUGGUCACUGGUCAUCAUUUCUUCUUCUUUUUUAAUAUUCUGUGAUGCACUACCCUGUCUGUCUGUCUUUUAGGGUUGCAAGAAACAGGUCCUGGAUGGUAUUAUCAGUUAUUUCAAGGAGCAGGACAUCCGCCAGGAGGAGGAGCAGAAACACGGAGAGUGAGUGGCACAUCUUAAAAACUGUAUUUAUAGCUAAAUACAAAAAACCUGUCUUUCUACUUAUUAAAUAUUCUUUUCUGUGUUUUUCUCUUGAGGAGCCUGGAUCUAGAGGUUCAGUCCAUCCCUCAGGACCAGUUAAGGCAUGUGGAGGGCACAGCUAUCCUCCACAUCGUCUUUGCUAUACGACUUGAUCAUGAGCUCGGGAGAGAAUUUCUCAAAAGCAUAAAGGUUUUGCACACGUCAGCCCACCCUUAGUGAUGUUAUUUUGAUUACAUAGAGAGUCUGUUAAAUAGACGUUUCUAUUUCCACAGGCGUCUUACGGUGACUUGUGCCCUUUCAGUGUUGCUUUGCUGCUCUCAGUAGCACGUAUCCAGCGUUAUGAAGAGCAGGUAACAAAACUUGACUACUCACCAAUACUGCUAAUGACUAAUCCUACACAAUUUCUAUGGUAUUUUACGGACACUUUUCUAUUUUCUUAUUUCUUUGCUCUCUGUGGUUUGUGAAGGUGUUUGACCUGUUGAAGGGGGCAAUUAUCAAGAGCUUCAAGGAUGUGCAGAUGCAGCAGGGGUCAAAAUUCCUACAGGACCUCCUGCCUGGACAGUGCAGUCUGGCUCAGAUGAUACUGGACACAGUUAAGAACAGGUUAAAAAGUUAAGAAAUGUCAUCAAAAUAAGACAGCUGUUAUUUGUAGUGCUUGGUUGAUGCUAACUAAGAUUCACAUGUACAGAUUCUGUAUCAUGAUAAUUCAACAAUCCUGAAAUCUAACAAAAACCUGUAAUUCUACAUCGACAAACUCGUAUUCUACAAGCCUCAAGUCCCCAAAAGUUGGGAGUAAAAGGGAGAAGUUUAUUGUUCAAACCAUAACAAUUGAAAUUGUUUCAACACUUUCACUUUCAUUCAGUGUGUUUGGCUGGGAUCAUGUGACCCAGGGGCUUGUGCAGCUUGGCUUCUUCCUUAUGGAUAACUUUGGACCCAGACCUGGACCUUUUGGAAAGGCCGCUGAAAGCCCUGCUGCCAUAGCCCGAACCCCCGUUCAGCAGGCGUGUAAGCUGGGGGGACAGGUGCUCCUGCAGGGUUUUAAGGUAACAAUCAAAGUUUAUUUCAUAGAAAUAUCACAAAACAAUAAAAAUAAAUUUCUAUUUCUCCAUUUAUUUGACAGGAACAAUACAUGUAGGCAUUGAUGCAUGUGAAUGAAGUGCAACAAAUGCAGUGUUUAAAAGACCCCCUGCCAUGACUAAUUAUCAGUCUUUGUCUCUGAUGACUCAUCAUCAGCUUCAAGUUUAAUUUCCAUCUUAUUCUGCCUUUCUCCGAUGUCAGAUGCACGAGCCCAUCCGAGGAGAGAUACUGGAGCAAGUAUUGAACCGUUUGGUCACAAAGACAGCCUCACCUGUCAGUCAUUACUUAGGUAUUACAGCCUCAAAGACGGCCUACUUGGCUGUCAUAUUCACAUCAUUAUCUUAUCAGCUUUAUGAGACAGGCUACUACAUUUUAACUUUUGUACUCUCCUGUUUUUGUUCACCAGAGCUUUUCUCUGAUAUUGUUGUUUCUGCUCCCAUGAUCCUCCUGGAGUCUUCCUCGAAAGUGACAGAGACAUUUGACCACCUGUCAUAUCUGCCCUUAGCCACAGUUCAGGGUCUACUUAAAGCGGUCCAGGUAUCAAAAAAUACACACAUGCACAAGCACACAUUAAGGACAAGUACUGCUGAGAUUUGUGUUGUUCAUUGGUCCUUCUCUGUUUCUUCUCCAGCCCCUGCUCAAAGUCAGCAUGUCCUUGAAAGAUGCUUUGAUUCUUGUUCUCAGGAAGGCCAUGUUUUCCAGGUUUCUAGGGAUUUUUUUCCUCAAUUGAAUGAUUUUUAACUCAUCCUUUUACAUAUUUGAUUGCAAAACUGCUCUUAAAGAAGUGGCAGUUUAACCACUCAAUUCAAGAUCAUUUUUCACACUGUUCUUCCUCUGACUAUCUUCCAGCCAACUGGAUGGCAGGAAGUCUGCAGUGACUGGCUUUUUGUUGCUGCUGAAGAACUUCAGAGUGUUGGGCAGCUUAUCCUCCAGCCAGUGUAGCCAGGCUAUCUCCUCCAGCCAGGUACUUUUGAACUGUUGGUGGUCUUCCAAUAGACGCCUCUACAAAAGCAAUGCUUCAAAACAGCUCUGAAAAACAGAUUUAUUUCAACACUCACCGUCUGUCUGAACAGGUCCAGGUGGACGUUCACUCUCGCUACAACUCUGCUGCCAAUGAAGCGUUCUGUCUGGAGAUCCUCAGCAGCCUACGCCGCUGCCUUGGCCAACAGGCUGAUGUUCGCCUUAUGCUCUAUGAGGUGAGAGGUCUUUUAAAUUUAGCGACAUAUUUAGGGUGACCAUACAUCCUCUUUUACCCAGAUAUGUCCUCUUUUUUGGGGGCUAUCCGACUUGUCCAGCCUUGUCGCGGAGAGUUUAUAAAAUUCUUCAAAUGUCCGGGGUUUGUAUGGAAGUUUUGAGUCUCAAAAUUGACUACACGCAACUGUGUGACUCUGCCCCGUGCAGCAGUGUCCUCUUUAUAGGGAUUCAGAAUAUGAUCACCCGAUACAUAAAAAGAAAUCCAUUCACUACAGUCAAAAAUACACGAAGAAAGCCGUAGUGUUUUUGCAUUUGUGCUUUUCUUUGACAACAUCUUUCAAUUUCAGGGUUUCUAUGAUGUUCUUCGCCGCAACUCUCAACUUGCAAGCUCUAUCAUGCAGACUCUCUUCUCACAGGUGCGCUUGUCUCUCAAAUACCAGAUUAUUGUCAUGUUACCUCCAACACUGACAGCUGUAUGUUAUGUUUUUAAACCACAGCUGAGGCGAUACUAUGAGCCUGAACAGGACCUCCUGCCCCCGGUGAAACUGGAACCGUGCAUCACAGCUCUAGGAAACCAAGUCUACCUGCAGGAGCCUCUGGUACUCUUAUCGGCCUUUUAUGACUUUGUCUUGACUCUGUGCUAAUGUUGAUGUCAUAAAGAUUGUUUGUUCCCCUUUCAGGCCCAUUUAGUGAGCUGCACUGUACACUGCCUGUUGUGGCUCCAGGGCAUGCGGCGUUCAGCUCACCCAAACACUGAUGACAGUGAUAAUGAUGAUGAAGAGGAGGAGGAAGGGUACCAGUCGGAACUACAGACAAUCUUGGAGAACAUGACGAGACGCAUGAUCAAGUGUGAACUGGAGGACUUUGAACUGGUACACAAGACAGAGACACUUUGAAAUGAGACACACUGAUGUACAGCCCCAACUCCAAAGACACUGGGACACUUUAAAAAUGAUAAUUAAAACUCAAUUUUAAUGAUUUAUAAAUCUUUAAAGCCCUAGGUCUAUCUAAAAUAAGUGCAAAGACAACAUAUCAAAAAAUGUAACCUGAAAAAGGAUUUUGUUUUCUGAAAAAUGUUUGAUCAUUUUAAAUUUGAUGCUUGCAACACCCUUCAAAAGAGUCAAGACAGGGACAUGUAAAUGUGCAACGUGUAAAUGACAUGACUGGGUAUAAAAAGACCAUUGCAGAGCGGCUGAGGAGAAACAUUUAACGCUCUCAAAAAUGAUACGUAAAAGGAUUUCUUCACAAGUCUGUAAGCAGUAUGCUGUACUGAAGUUGAAGAAAUCAUGAUCGGCUUCCUAGAAAAGAGCUUGAUAAACACUCCCCCUUUCCUGUUAUAUUUCAACUAUUAUCUGUUUCAGAUAGUCCUCACAGAUACCAGGCUGAUCUACUUUUGUUUGUUUUUUAGCGCUGGAGGCAUGAUUUCAAUUAUCUGUCAAGUAAUAAAUAUAGAUAAAAAAUGUUUAAAUCAGAGUUGUAUACGUAAAGAAGUUCCUCAUUUUUAAAGCAGUGGGGAUGAAUAUUACAUUUCAUUUAAAAAUACUCACAUUGGAUAAGAAUCUGGAUAAUUUUCAUAUAUUUUUAAAGUAUCUGACUAAAAUGAAAACCACUUGCCUUAAGUUGAAGUUGUGCAUCAGUGGAUGUCUGCUUUUUGAAACACUGUUUGUUAUUCAAACUACAAAUCCCAAACAAGUCCAUUCAAAUUCCGGAUUCAACAAUGUGAGAUUUGGAUCAGAACAACAGGUGUGAAUUUACACGCAGGACGCUGUAUUUUCUGUCUUUGUUUUGUGCAGGACAAGUCAGCUGAGUUCUCCAUGGGCUCCAGCGUUGGAGUGAAGAAUAAUAUCUAUGCUGUGCUGGUGAUGGGAGUGUAUGAGGUCCUUAUGGAGUUCAGCUUUAUCAAAGCAAACUACAGGUAGGAGCCACCUCUCUUUUUGUGCACAGGAUGUUGGUUAUUGACAAGUUUCGUUAAGUGCUGACUUUAGUCUGUUUCCUAACUGUGUGAUUUAGUAAAAGCCACUUUGAGGAGCUCUUGGAGUUGUUCCACCGCUAUCACAAGCUGUCCGAGAUCCUGAAGGAGAAAUCCGGAAAGGGUCGAGUUCCCUCAAACAAGAUUCCCAGGAGUUUACUCUCUCUAGGAUUUGUAUCGACUCUCCUCACUGUGCUUUUCAGGUAAAUGCCUCAACCAUGGCAUGCUCGAAGUUGUUGAAUGUAAAACAAAACCCAAAAUAGAUUCUGUGCAAACCACGCCAUGCACACAUUUGAGUCCUUCUCCUAGCAUGCUCUUUUUGAGUGUGUAGUGGUAAUAUUUAGCCAAUACAAAAUCAUACCUCUUGAUAUUAUCCUGAGAAUGUAAAACAUCAGAUAUUUGCUUCAAAAAUAUUAUGUUGCUUUUUCCAGAGACAGUACUCAGAGUAAAGAGGAGGCUCUCUCAGUGCUUCGCUCCAGUGGGGAAUUCGUGCGUUAUGCAGUCAGUGUGGCUGUGCAAAAGAUUCAGCAGCUCGAGGAGCAUGGACAUGCAGACGGCCCAGACGGACAGAACACGGACAAAAUUUUCCGCUUCCUCUGUGAUAUGACAAGGUGUGAAUUUCUUAGCCUCGAUGACGUUGCUUUGUUCCAAAACGAUCAAGCUCUGAUCCCUACAAGCUCAUUUCAGCAAUAAGAAAAACCCUGUUUCAUUUCCAGUGUGCUGAUGUGGCGUUACACCAACAUCCCCACCGCUGUGGAGGACGCAGGGAAGAAAGAAAAGCGCUCCAGCUUGUCUCUGCUGUGUCUUGAGGGUCUGCUCAGAAUCUUCACAACCUGUCAGCAGCGCUUCCCGGAUAAGAUGCCCCAGCUUCUAUCCAGCAUGGGUCAGACAGACACAGAUGUUAUUUUAGGGAAAACACCCUGGUAGAAAACAGAUAUUCUCAACACUUUAAUGUUCCCGCAGAAGUGCCAGAGGACAAUGAGGAUCCAGAGGACGGCAGUGUCACAGAGAUGAACUUCUUUUACAUUAGACAGUUUCAGGUACAUCUGGAAAACAUGUUUUAAACUACUUCUUGGGUCCAAAAUUCUCUUUACUAACAUGUUGUGUUCAUUGACUGCCACUAGAGGGCACUGUUUACCCAGUUAAGUGGCAGUGAGGACGAUUUCAACAGCAAAGAGGCCCAGCUUCUGGUCAACAUCUUGAGUGUGCUUUCACACCAGCUAAAGCCAUCCUCUCAACAGGUAGGUGUCACAUUAAAUUCAAUUAUUUAAAAAAACGAUCCCUGUUUGCUCUUCUAAUACACGCCCACAUCUUCAGUUUGUCCAGAUGAUCACAUGGAUGGUGAAAAUCUGUAAGGAGACCAGCUUCGGUGAGAGACGGUGCUUAGUAUGUCCUGUUGUGUAUGCUCUGAGUGGUAAGGAGGCACAUGUUUGAAGAUUUUCUCUCUUUUAGAGGACUCAUCCUUCUCCAAGGGCCUUCUCUCUCUUCUCUUCAGUCUGCAUGUUCUCUACAAGAGCCCCACCAGUCUCUUGCUGGAGCUCUGCCAGGACAUCCACAGCCAACUGGGAGAUAUCGAUCAGGUACACACAAUACAACUUGGCAUCAUAUACUUGCAAGUCAAAGUGCUGAUCAAGCAAGAAGUCUGCUCAAAUCCGACCUUUCAACAUUGUGUUGUUACAACCUAUUUCUUGUAGUUAAGGUUUAAGUGGCCAUGUGAGGCAUUGACUGUGGUGGAUUACAGCGAAAUAUUGAAUAUAGUCUGUACUUCACUUAACAUUUUUCACAAACCAAGAAAUUUAAAGAUUACUUUGGCCCUCAUGUAGUUGUGUCAAAGACAUAUUCAUGACAACCAGAGCAACACAGCUUAAACUAACAUACUAUGGUUGGAGUCUUUUCACUUUAUUCUGCUUUCCUGCUGCGUGGUCAGGACGUGGAGGUGGAAAAACAGUCUCACUUUGCCAUCAUCAACAUGAAAACUGCAUCCACAGCAGCAGUGAGUGUUUCUUUAAAUUUUAGGCUCUGACCUUCUGUGAUGUAUCACAAUGUUUUAGUGCCCGAUGCUCAUCAAUGUGAUCUUUAUCCUCAGCUGCUGGUCCUGUCUCAGGUCAGUCGAGUGCUGGAUGAGGUAGACUGGCUGAUUGCCAGAAGGAAAAGCCAACAGUCCUCAGACAAAUCAGGCUCAAGUAAGAAGCAUUUCUCACUGGUGCUCAGUGAUCUUAAUGAUGGGAUUGUAAAAAGAGACGAUAAAUGAAGUUCUGUGUUUGUUCUUGUGUGUAGGUGAUGCCACUCAGACGGCGGGCCAGCAGGAUCCGAUAGAGAAAGCAGUGACUCUGCAGCUCGGGACUCUCUUGACAGCACUAAAUGAACUGGUGCAAACAGCCCUGCUGCCCGGCACCUGUACCAUCACACUGCUGAGAGAACUGAGCCGCACAUACACUAUCCUCACCACUCUGGUCAAAUAUGUGUGUAUUUGUGCGCCCUGUGAUCUCAGUUUGAAGUUAGAGUUUGGGAGGUUUGCUUGACAUUAACUUGGUUUGUGUCUUUUCAGUACAUUCAGGUGUGUGCGAGCCAGCAUGGUGCACUGCCAGCACGCUUUGAAAAACUGGUGAGUCUGAUUAGCUGCGUCUGAAUUAAGGCUGGGCGAUAUGGAAAAAUGUUUAUCACAAUAUAAUUUUUUCAUAUCAGUCAAUAUUGAUAUAUAUCAUCAUAUAAAAAAUGAAAUUUAACAGUACUUAUUGGUAGCAUGUCUUUUGCAGUAGAAUAAGCUACUGCAUCCGUGAGGUCUUUGUGUCUCUUCAACGUUUUGUCAUAAGGCGUUGCGCCAGAGAAAGUGGAAUGAAUGGUCGACUGUUUUUGUGGCAGUGUUGUUGACAAUGUCAUCAUCUGUUGUCUUCAUCUGCAUUUCUGCCGGGGGUAGCACUCGUUUUCUUUUUUUCUCAACAUUAAGUGCUAUGGUUGCGUGUAGCUGCAGCCUGCUACCAUGCAGUUGUUUGCUACUUGGUUCUAAUUCAGCACGAUUGGUUCAGCGUGAAGCAGACCCGGAGCAACUCCCUUUUUCAUUCUUUGUAUAGUCCACCAAAACAUAGCAGAAUGCCAUCAAAAAGCAUAUUGACUAUGUUCUGUAGUGACAUUGAGGAAAAUUAAUUUUCGAUAUACAUAUUGUUAUUGUUGUAUCGCCCAGCCCUAGUCUGAAUCAACCUGUCUGUACGCCUGGUGUCCUACUGACAAAGUACUUUCUUUGCAGGUCAAACUGUCGGGCUCCCACCUCACACCACAGUGCUACUCUUUCAUCACAUAUGCACAGGUACAAACGAACUGAUUGUAAUUUAAACGAUUUAUGUAUGAUUUUUUUUAAACCAUGGAUUUUGCUGAGACCAUUUCAGCCCCAAAAGGAGUGUUAAUGUGACGAGAUAAUGUUUCUCAUCUGAUAGAGCGGGGAACUCAGUGGUGGAGGCACAGAUGACAAGAAAAAAAAAAGGACUGAAGUCAACACAGCUGCCUCUGUAAGAACAUUCCUCUCUUUUAAUAUUAUACAAAUCUAGAACAUGAAAAUAGUAUACUCAAAUAUUUUUUUACAGAAAAGAAGAAAAGGAAUUGAAUAAAACCCUUUUUUUCUCCUGUAAGGCUAAACUUCAGCGUGAGACUAAAGCCAUCCCUGACUUAAUCUUCAGCAUUGAGCAGUACGAGAAAUUCCUCAUCACCCUCUCAAAGAAAUCAAAGGUAUUAUAUGUUAAUGUUGGGACAUGAUUCUCAGAGUGCAGUGAGAAAUGCUCGUAACUGUAUGCAAGCACAGACACAGUCAGUCUGGAGUCAUCCGACAGGUUUCUCUUACUGUCUUUAGCUUCAUGUUUAUCUGUGUUUGCAGGUAAAUCUGAUGCAGUACAUGAAGCUGAGCACCUCCAGAGAUUUCCGCAUCAAUGCUGCAACUUUAGACGCAGCCCUACAAGAGGAGCGUGACAGUGACGAGGUAAAUCAGUGCCUUCAACGUCUCUGUGAAUGUCUCUUCUUCCACAUUGUAUUUGGUAACAGUUAGCUCUCUUGAACACACUCUUUCCAGUAGAUGACUCCCGACUGAGGUGUUUCGUCUUCUUUAUUUUUAGACCCCAGAGUCACAGGAAGCAGAGGAGACACAAGAACCCAAACAAAAGAAGAGAAAACAGUGACGCUGCUCAUAUUUGAUAGAAACAACAACAACAACACACCCUCUCCAGCUACUGCCUGUUGGCACUUUGAACUGUUUUGAAUAUUAGAAACUCAUCUUCCCUUGUUCAGAGAGCCUUUGGUGAUGUCAAUGAUUUGGUAGAUGUCCAAGGCCUCACCUGUGGAAAGUUUGCACACAGUAUUAACACACUGGCUGUGUUCCUAUUUAAGUCUACUUGAAUUAAAGUGAAUGUGUUUUGUUUGUGACAUGCAUUUCCUAACAGGUUCAAUCUCAGCUGAUCAAUUUUACAUUACUUCUGGAUUUUUACUCUGACUUUCAUUGAGCAGCUUCAGUUCUUGUUUAAAGAUAGUACAGUUGUUUGACAUAAAAGAGUUUUUAAAUUUCCUUUAUUUUUCAGUCUUGUGGCAGACUAAGACAGGAUAAAGACCUAUGCUCUUCAAUAAACAAAUAUGUAAACUCAGGAGGGUUUCAAGCUUUCAUUUAUAAAAUUCUGUUUUACAUCUG